UCACGAGGAGUGACGUACGGCCGUCUUUCGUUAUUUGAAGGAACUGGCGGAAAACGCAGGGCAAGAAAGCCGAAGAAAUUCAGUGUCCAAGAUAACCGUCUCCGCGGUGAACUGCCCGGACUCCUUCGGCAACAAUGUCGGAAGUGGAUGUUACCCAUUACAGCUUUUACGUCGACGAGGAUGACGAGAGCAUUCUGAUUAAUGAGGAAAAGCUGAAGUCAUCUGGACUUCCCUACAUCCGGCGUUACCGUACAAAAAGCUGCAACAGCAGCACGUCCAGCAGCGCGGCGCCUGAAAGGCACACCAACGGGUCUGCGGACAAUUCACUGUUCUCGGCCGACGGGUCAGCACGCGGCAGUGGGUCUUCGGCCGACGACUGUAUCGAUGGCUUGAAUAACCUGAAGCUUUCCAGCACCGAUCACGACAAGGAAAACAGAGAACCUUCUCAGCCGAAAGAGGUUGUACGCCUUUUCUCCGAGAAAUGCAAGCAAACUCUGAGCCCGAGCGAACGUAUGGACGCCUGCGCCGAGCCCGAAGGAGAAAUUCUGGCGCAGUAUUUGGAGCCACAGCAAUGUCAAGCAGUUACCCGUCAAGGAAAUUUGGAACAGCCAAGCAAGCAAAACACUUGUGAAGUGCAGUUAAGCGAUGAGAACUGUAGUGUUGUGAUGAGUGCUCCUCUCGCCAUGUCCACACCGCGUCCCUCAAAAGUUUCGGGACUAAACGAGCCGACCUGGCAAGCGAAGGCCAACGCGGAGACAGCAGAAGUCAACACUCUGCCAAGUCCCUCAACAGGAAUUGAACAAAACCUCUGCAGUGAAUUCGGUCCCCAACACUGUGAACAGAUGUGUACAAAUGUGCUUGACCCUGUGAAACAGCGCCUGUCGUUUGGCUCCAGCGAAGGUACGGAGGACGCCAAGGCAGGGCAUGUAUUUGAUAAUCAACUGUUUUGUAGUGGUAUCGAACCGUUGCCUUCCUCUAGUCACAUUGAAACUGAUCAAGAGCUUGUCGCACAUGUGCCCACUGAGAUCCUGGUGUGCGAUAAGAGUUUCCUUGUCUCACAGAAACCCGCCAAGGAGAAGCUUCAGACUGCAGCAUCUGAUACAUUGUCUUACAGGGGGCACAAUGAGCUGCAAAGCUUAGCAGUGACCUCCACAUCUUCUUCUACAGAGCACACAUUGAUGACUUCAGAUGAUGCUCCCGGAGAACAGUGCAAACAGGACUUCCCUACCCCUGUAGUCACAAAUCUUGCCACACAAUCCGAGUGCUUGCCCAUAGUUCAAAGUGGUGUGGAGAUGGCCUGUCAGACGUCUUUCUGCUUUGGUAAUGUUCCAACUACAAGCACUGCCCGCAUGACCCCAGUGAAGCUCUUUACCCCGCACAAGUCUCCACAAAAGGGAACUGGCAGUGCCCCUACUAAGCCCCUUUUGAGUCGCCGAGAGACUAAUCUGGCAGGAUCUGUUCGAGGUCGCUGUCGCACUCCAUCGAACAUACCGUUGCGGAGCUGGAAUUCACCCAUUGUUUCCACGAAACCUAGGGAGACUGUGUUCAAAGUACCAACACCUGUAUCUGGAAAAACUCCAGGUAAGGCUCCAGUCAAGACUCCAGUCAAGACUUCAGAAAAGAGUCCAGUAAAGGUUGAGCAAGGUCAGGCCCACCAUGGCACCCCACGGAGUGUUGGGAAGGUCUCACGGCCACCCUGGUCAGUCAUCAGCCCUGUCGCUCGGUACAUCCACGAGAACCCAGCGCCACCGCUAAUCCAGAUUGUGAGACCUCGAAAGUCUCCAUCAGCAAAAUCUCUGACAGCGGCGACCUCGCCUGUUCACGUGACCACCUCGUCAGCAUCUCCACGUUUGUGUACUGGUUCACUGCCAGACAAACGCUACCAAACAUCAAACAUGGGAAUCCUUCAGAGGGCGGGUCUCGAUCCCAUGGUAAAGCCUUCCAAGCCUGUAGUCAUCAAGCAUACGGUUUCCACAGAGGCUGAUGAUCAAAGCGUCCCUGAAAUGGAGGCAUCUGUAAUCCAAGUCAUCCGCCACUGACCGUCGCCGGUGCUUGUCAUUCAAGUGCUGUCAUGCCGUGCUCAAAUCAAUGCAACUCGCUCAAGUACCAUGUAGUGAAACUUGAACGCAGGCCGCCAUGUAAUAGCAAAGUUUUUGCAAGGCGCCGAAAUGUUUCUGCGGCAUGCGCGCUGUUGAAGUAAUGUAAUGGAACGUAAUGACGCGCUAUCGUUGAGAGAGAUAGCCUCUUCGCCUUGCUGCGAUAAACACCACUCAACACAUUGGCCUCCGGUGCUUCUCUCAAGGCUGCUGGCCACAUUGACAGCGCGCCAACGGCGGCGAUUGUCGUCCGCUUGUCGCCGGGGUCUGAAACGUAGUUUAUGGUUUAGCGCGUUAAAUUCGUGUCGUCAUAAAGUUAACCUUAAGUCGGUGAGACGCAUUUUUUGUGCCGGUUGUCAACGUACAAGACACGCAAAAGUUAUUACACCAUGGCUGCCAAGACGAUCGACGGUGCUCGAGUGGUCGUCGAAGCCCUCCGGAAGCAGGUGACCCCUAAAGAAAUUUUCCUCGUAUGCUGGGUCGCAAGCUAACGUACUCGUCUUGUCGCUUUUCGUUUAUUAUGCUUCCUCCAAAUUCGCAGCAAGAAAGUGCAACCCUUCAGCUUGGCGUUGUAUGCUUGCCUCCAUUCUGACAGUAGCUGAGCACCGGUUGGACCGAGGUUACUGACCCCUCCACGACGCUUAUUAAAUCUUCGCCUAUCUUGACCGUGCACUCGCCGCUUUCAACUGUAGUUUUAUUUUUAUUUUAUUUUUUGUUACUUGACUAUACUGGUAUUAAUUUUCAUAUUUCCUGCACAGAUGCAAUUAUGUUUUAUCCUUACGCACAAAUAAAAAGAUUUGUUUCUUCGA